CCGGACCCAGGUGUGCCCAGGUGUGCCUAUGUGUAUAAGAGCACAGGUAAACUGCUACAAGUUACUGGCUCAGAGCUGAAACCAAUCCCUCACUGUGAAGAAGAGCACUAACCAUGGAAGCUGUACUCAAGUCAGUGUUUGUUUUAAUUGUGGCUGCCACACUCUCUCUGGCCAAGGAUGUGAACCCUAAAAUCAAAGCACCACCAGCACCCACCAAGCCCCAGACACUUUCCAGAGGGUGGGGUGACAACCUUGACUGGGUUCAGACGUACGAGGAAGCUCUGUUUAAAGCCAAGUCCGGAAAUAAACCAUUGAUGGUUAUUAACCACAGGGAAGACUGCCCCCAUUCACUAGCCCUGAAGAAAGCAUUCGCUGAGCACAAAGGAAUUCAGAAAUUAGCCGAACAUUUUAUCCUCCUCAAUGUCAUUUAUGAUCCUACAGAUAAGAACUUGCUUCUUGAUGGCCAAUAUGUUCCUAAGAUUGUAUUUGUGGAUCCAUCCCUUGUGGUCAGAGCAGAUAUUCCCGGAAAAUACUCCAACCACCGGUACACGUAUGAGCCAGAAGACAUUGAGCUGUUGUUCGAGAACAUGAAGAAAGCGAUGAAACUGCUGAAGACCGAGCUGUAGAAAACCUUUCUAUGUGUAUAGCUUUAUUAAAAUAUUCAUAUUGUGGAUGUGUCUGACAUAAAAUAUUUAAGCCCUAACAUACAAAAUUAGUAUAUGAACGAAAGUUGUUGUUUUUUUGUUUGUUUUUUUAAUAUGUUCAGGCUACUGCCUUCGCCCUUUUCUAAAAAAUAAAAUCAACAUGUGGUUAUUUAUAA